CCCCCCUUAUGUAUUAUACAUGGAGAUCGUAUCCCCCCUUAUGUAUUAUACAUGGAGAUCAUACCCCCCCCCUUAUGUAUUUAUACAUGCUGAUCUCCUCCCAAAUUCAAGUAUAUACCGCGUCCACCGCCACCCCUCUGUCCAGGUAUACCGCGUCCACUUGCCACCCCCCUCUGUCCAGGUAUACCGCGUCCACCCCCACCCCUCUUUCCCGGUAUACCGCGUCCACCGCCACCCCUCUGUCCAGGUAUACCGCAUCCACCGCCACUCCUCUGUCCAGGUAUACCGCGCGUCCACCGCCACCCCUCUGUCCAGGUAUACCGCGUCCACCGCCACCCCCCCUCUGUCCAGGUAUACCGCGUCCACCGCCACCCCUCUGUCCAGGUAUACCGCGUCCACCGCCACCCCUCUGUCCAAGUAUACCGCGUCCACCGCCACCCCCUCUGUCCAAGUAUACCGCGUCCACCGCCACCCCUCUGUCCAAGUAUACCGCGUCCACCGCC